GAACGGCGUGGCGUUCCGCGAUCGGAGUGUGUGGUCGAUACUACACAACAACUUCACGUACGGCCCGUACUCGUCGACCAUUGCACACAUGACAAGCAACUGGUUACCACCAUCCGACUCUCGCCCGAUCAUCUACGGCAUGUGCAACGAGAUAAGGGGCUCUCCUGUGACGGAUUACCGAGAAGGGCUCAACAUUGGAGCACCCGUGACGGUGUUGGACUGUGGUGCGUGCACUGUGGACGCCGUGUGCUUUGCAGCGAGGACGAGCAGCAUCAGCGGCUGUGAGUGUGUGUGUGCUGCUGGCGGCUACGGUGACACGUGUCUGCCAGCUGCGGUUCCGGACGGCCUUGGGCCGCUCCCGCUCCCCGAUGGGAAGGACACGGAGGUCCGCUGCGUGCACGGUGGCAGCAUCAGCUCUUUGGACGUUCCUGAUCCCGGUGUGCGUGGUCUGUGCUUUGUCAACGUGACCUUCACUGCCGCGAUCGUGCUGGAACUGUCACAUUUUGAGGUACCGCAGCAGACACUCAACAUCACACUGCUGCAGUGCGUCCUUAUGGACCUGUCGAUCAAGGGGAGUGGUGUGCGAGCGCACGUGAACGUGACUUCUUCGAUGCUGGAUUCUGGUGAUUUGGAGUUUAGGGGUGAUUUUGGCACUGGAUCCCAGAUACUGGUGGCGGGCUGUAAGCUUGUGACGACGUCGAACCAUGCCAUUGCCUUUCCGGAAUUUUUCCUUGGUGCGAACUCAACGCUGUGGCUACUCGACAACCGCAUCGCGGGGAAUAUGUACGCACUCUAUUUUCCCAAUGCUGCUGUUGUUGAUGGUGGCGGGAUCAUUGUGAAGGGAAACACGCUGAGUACGAUGGAGGUUAAAGGUAUGGAAUCAUCUGUUUAUUUUUACGCUGUUGAUGUGAAGAACGACGGCUAUUUUGGCGUGGAUAACAAUACGAUGAGAGCCAUUAGUGGAGUUUAUCUUUUGGGGGUUACCACCGUGAGCUCCGCGGGGCUGCUGCGAGUGGCGGACUGCACCUUUGCUGGCAGCGUGGGGGGUUUUGUUUCCGCGCUGGUGUAUCUUGACGGCUCUGUGACUCUUCAGGGUGGAGCGCAGUGGCGUGUGGAGGACAACAGCGUGGGUGCAGCCUCAGUAUUAACUAUUCCAUAUUCCAAGCACAAAAUUCAGCUGUCAGGCAACGGCACCACCGUGGUGCUUGCACACAACCGUCAGGUGGACUCGAGGGUUUCCUUUGCCAAUAUUUUCCCAUCGAACAUUGUCGUGACGUCGUCCGCGCGGUUUGUGGUUGGGUGCAACCUUCAGGGUGAUGAGGAGGUGUCGUACAACCAUUAUUUUCCGGAGGCAGUGGUGCUUUUCAGGUGCGGCACAUGCAACGACGACGCGGCUUGCUACAUGCCUGGGACAGAGUUGGUGGACCGCGGCUCGUGCUCGUGCAGCUGCAAGGACGGAUGGCAUGGCGCGUCGUGUCUUCCCUUCGAGGUGCCCGACGCGGUUUUGCUUCCCUUGCCGGAGAGAGCCGUCGACGGCGACACGAGUUGCGUGGUGAACCAGACGCUGACGAGCCUCACGCUGAACAUGUGGAAGACACACCACUGCUACGUGGGUGUGACAUUCAGCGGCGUGGAUGCAGUGCUGACGUUUUUCCUCGACAGUAUGCCGCUGCAUCUCCCCAUCAACAUCACGUUCACUGGGUGCACGUUCCGUGGCGGUGCCGUGCUGCAGUUUGUUGGGGGUGCUGGUGCGGCCGAGUCAUCCGGCGUCCUGAUCCGCGUGAGCCAGACGGUGAUGCGGUCCUCCGUCGUUAUUUUUGCACUCACCCUCCCGCUGCGCUGCGACAUCGCCGUCACGGAGGUUGACGCGGUGCAGUCCUCCGCGGUCCAUUUGCCGGACACGGUGAGCAAGACGCUGAGCGUAUUGCUGCUGGACGACGUCGUGUUGACUGCAUCCUCGCUGUUGGUCAGCAACGUCAAGACGCAUGCAACGAAGCGUGAUGCGUUUGGUUUGUACUCGACCGGGACGCUGACGCUGGUGGGUGGCAGCUCGCUGUACGUGCGGUACUGCAGCCUUGAUGGAUACACACAUCUGUUCCACGUAAAUAUCCUUAGUGUCCGCGAUCACUCUGUUUUUGCGCUGCUCAACAAUACAAUGGCCUCCGGGAAAAGCCUUCUGUUUCAGUACCUUGGCUUUAGCGUGUCGGAACACAGCGUGUUGCGCGUGGUGAGGAACAGCGGUUCCGUCUCAUACGCCAUCUUUGCAGACGACUCGUGGACCGUUCAGCAGUCAAGCUGGCUGGAUUGGCGUGACAACGACGUGGGAUUGGGUGCGAUGUUUCACGAGUCCGAAUCCACUUCUUUUACCAUUGACAGCAGCAGUGUGGUGACGCUGACAGGCUGCAGGAUGGGCUCGACGGGGCUGUCGGGACCCCUGCUAUCGCAGGCUGACGCCGGCUACAGGUUCGUUGCUGGGUGCCUGACGGUUGCGGGACGUGUGGUGACGACGGCGGAAGAACUGGAGCUGAACGGUAUUAUCAACGUGACGACGGUUGCCGCUUGCGGGGAGUGCACGAAGGACGGCGACUGCUUUGCUCCGCUGACGACGGCGGUCAUUGACUGCAAGUGCCAGUGCGCUGCUGGAGGGCACGGCGAUGUGUGUGUCCCGGCGCCUGUGCCUGCUGGCCCGCCGCCACCGCCACCGCCGCCAGUGCCGUCCACACCGCUGCCACCGCCGGUUGGUGAGUGCAUCAGCGACAUGGUGCACCCCGAGGUUGCGCAGGCUGUGGGCGGCGGGCUGUCGUGGCUGUGCUACCGCAACGUGACGUUCAGCGGGGGCGGCAUGAGCCUGACGGUGCUGAUUGGGGCGAUGACGGGCGACGUGGCGAACGUUAUAUUCGAUGGAUGCACGUGGAGGGACGGUGCCGUGCUCUUGCUGUUGGGCAACGCGUACGCCGCUGUGGGGGCGCUGAACAUCGUCGUCACCGGUAGCACGUUCUAUGACGCGCUGCUUAGCCCGGAGGGUGUGUUUCCGCCGCACACGAACAUCACGAUCAGCGGUAACCGCUUCACGGUCACGAGGCUGAUCCCUCGGACGGGUUUGGACCUUGACAGCCCUUCGUGUGUUGCGAUGAAUGGACUGGCGAUCAGCAACGACUCCGCGGCGGUGCUCAGUGGCAAUGUGUUUCAGAGCGUGGUGGCAUCGUCAAGUGCCAUUCGCGUUGUUGGAUCUGCGCUGAGCGUGUCGUGGCACUCCGUGUUUGCGGUGAUGGGCAACGCGUUUCAUAUGGAUGGCGGUGACGGUACUUUGAUACAUCUUGAGGGGUCUAGACAGUCCUUGUCGCUGAGUGUACUGAACAACUCUGCCGUGGUGAUCCGAGGCAACUUUGUGUCGAGGCCGGUGCGCCAUUUCAUUUUUUUUUUCUGGGCCUUAGGUGUGGAGUCCCAAUCAUCGGUCGUAUUUCAGGGCAACGAGAUGCGGGGAAGCUUGACUGUGUUUUGUUCAGAUUUUGCCGCCAACAUCUACUACCACUCCUGGCUGCAGUUGAGCGGCAACCUCUGCCGUGAAUCCCCAUUGCAUGCGUUUGCACUCCUGAACCCCACGGUGAAUCUCCGCGACUCCACGGUGUCUGUGUCCGGCAACCAAUUCAUGUCCAGCACGGGAAUGUUCAAAGCAUUGAGAAUAUUUUUAGGGACAAGCUAUCUCACAAACGGAGCGAUUGUGGCCGCGUGCAACACUGUGAACGGCGAGGAGGAAGCGAACUACGUUAUUCCGUCCGUGUACAACGCCACCAUCCUGACCUGCAGCGACCCAUGCACCCUCGCGGCGUCGUGCUUCCCCGCGUACACGACGACGACCUCGAGUGAUGGCUGCGCCUGCACGUGCGCUGAGGGCGGCUAUGGCGAUGCGUGCCUGCCCGUUGCUGUCCCCGAGCCACCGAGCACCGACGGCGCCGACUUGUGCGUGCGGGACGUGCGUGUGGAGGUGGAGGUGAACGCCGGUUUCGGGACGUCGGUGACGUGCUACGUUGGUGUGACCUUUGCGGCGGAUGUCGUGGUGGACGUGGAGUCGAUGUCAGGGAGCGUGCGCAACGUGACGCUGUCGAACUGCACGUUUUUGGGCAGAGCGAGCCUGUACGUUGUUGGGUGGCGUUCCGACCCGUCUGCUGGCCAGCGCGCCGAUGUGUUGAUCAGUGGGCUUGAGUCGCGCUCUGGCGGCGGCGUGGUGGUGGCGAACCGAUUUCCGCCUGGCUCGCGCGUCACCGUGGUGGACUCGGUGCUGAUUGCGGAGAGGCGUGUUGCGUACCGCGGCGCCUACGGCCUUGGCGACGCCUCCGCGUGCCUCGUGGUGCACAGCGUGAAUCUGACUGGGAGUGUGCUGACCAUCGCGCGCACGCAGGUGGCGGCGGUGUUUCGCGACGCUGUUGGCGUGUUGUUGGUUGGCGGCGUGGCGCUGUCGUCGCGCGGUGCGCUGUACGUGGACGGGCUGUCGGUGCAGACGGCGCUGGGGCUGUGCGUGUCGGUGGAGGGCGGUGUUUCGGCCAGUGGCGGCUCCGUGGUGGCGUUUGUUGACAACGGCUUCCUGCUGUGCAAGCACGCGGUGUCUGUGCGUGGAGCUGUGAGCGUGUCGGGCUCUGCUGUGGCGCUUGUGCGGAGCGAAUUUGUGUCGACGGAGGACUACGCGGUGGCGUUUUAUUCGACGGUGAGCCUGGAUGACGGGUCGAUGCUGCUGGCGAAGGGCAACGUGCACGACGGUGUCUCGAGGGAGAUGCUCCACGCCGCUGGUGCUGUGACUGCUGCUGGGAGCACGCUGAGCUUCGUGCGCAACGGAGCGCUGCUGCCACGGAUGCUGUCGCUGAGCCUGUCGCUUGCGGCUGGGGCGCAUUUGAGGGUGGCGUGCAACGACGCUGGUGGCCGUGUUCUGUCGACGGCGGAGGAGUACGCAGCCGCUGGUUUUGGCGACGCUGGGAGCAUCGACGUUGCUGGGUGCGACGCCUGCGACAGGGACACGCACUGCUACGCGCCCCGGACUGCGUCUGCGAGCAUGAAUAACGGUGUGUGCGUGUGCGCGUGCGACAGCGGCGGGUACGGCGAGGCGUGCAUGCCUGUGGGAGCUCCCGCACUGCCGCCUGCCGUGGGCACUGCGUCGAGUGUGUUCGUCCGCGAGGGCGUGACGGUGCGGUCGGUGUUCGUUGUGCCCGCCGGUGCGAGCGAGGUGACGCUGCGCCACGUUGUGCUGGACGGCGUGAGUCCUGUGCUCUACGUGCCGUGGAUGGCGCGGGACGGCGUGCGGAUCGUUGUGCAGAACGUGUCGCUGCUGAACGGUGCCGUGCUGUACGUGAUGGGCGGUGGAGGGUUGCGCGGUGCGGGGGCGGCGGGGAGCGACGAGAGCGGGCCGGUGGAGCUGUCGGUGUGCGAUGUGGAGGCGCUGAACGGUGUGCUUGUGCUGACCGGCACGUUCCCCGCGGGGUCUGUGCUGACGGUG